UCUCGCCGUCUACGUCUUCCUCCUCUCUGGCCGAUCAAACUCCAUGGUUGGCAUGGUAACCGGCCUCAAUGGUCUCGCCAAUGUAGCUUGUGCUAUCCCAGCUGGUUACCUGGCUGAUCGACUCUCUCGUCAAGCUCUGCUCAGGAUAGCCGCCGCCAUCGGUGCGGCUGCCACCCUCGCCACCGUCAUUGCCCUCGCUACCAACUCGAUUGCCAUGUUCUUUGUCUUCUACGCCCUCUGGGGCGCCUUCCAGGGCAUCCAGGCCGCGCCUCUCUCGGCGCUCUUUGCAGACUCGGUGCCGACCGGGGCUCGAUCCGGCAUCUUUACUCUGCGGUACGCCAUCAACGAAGGCUCGACCUUUAUGGGCCCGCUUGUCUCCAUCAUCUUUUUCUCGGCCUUUGGGGACGAGUGGAACAUGGCCCACAUGCGAAUUGUCCUCGCCAUCGGCCUCUUCUUUGGAGUCGUCUGUUGCUGCCAGCUGCUAUUCUUCAAAGACGCGGUUGCUCUCGGUGCAGAGUCUGAGGCCGCCAACUUGGGCGCCCUUGCAGCCGGCGCCGUCCCGCUCCCCGGAUCCAAGUCACUGCUCGGCACUGCCGCCGACACUGGCUCCUGGUCCGACGAGCUUCAUGCCGAUUCGGCACUUGCCACACUCUCAUCUGAUGACGAACAGCAGGAGGAGGAGUCGUCAGAUGCUGCCGCGCACGUGUCGCUCAUCGUGCCGGAAGCUGACGACAUGCGUCCGGCGCGCACUUCGUGUAUGGGGCUCUUCUCCCCGGCAUCUGUCCCCUACGUCAUUGCCAUCUCGGACUUGACCUUUGCCAUGGGUGCUGGCUUCACCAUUUCCUUCUUUCCGCUCUUCUUUGUCUCCGAGUACGGGAUGACUCCGUCGGGCAUGUCGCUUGUCAUCAUGCUCGGCUCGCUCGCCACCAUGGCCUCUUCGGUAUGGGCCCAGCGCGUGUCCCUGAUCAUCGGCCGAGUCCAGACCUCGAUCGUCUUCAAGAUUGCCGGCACUGCCUGCCUCAUCGCCAUGGCCAUUGUCCAGCCCAUGAUCCUCGUUGCUGCUCUCUACGUCGGGCGUGUCGCACUUCAGCGCGCCCCGAUCCCGCUCGACCGCUCCAUCGUCAUGGACGUCGUCACCAAGUCGACUCGCGGUCGCUGGAACACGGUCGAGUCACUCGGCUCGGUCACCUUCCGCGGUGCCUCCACCCUCGGCGGUCUCCUCAUCGACGCCACCUCGUACCGCACCACAUUUCUGGUCACUGCAGCCAUCUACGUUGUCGCCACCAUCGCCAUCUUCCCUGUCGUCCCGUUUGUCCCCCGAUCCGAGGCCGUCCUCCAGGUCGCCGUUGUCCACUCGUCCUCCCGCUCGUCCUCCUCCGACAUGGACGAAGCGAACAGCGCGCACCACUCCUCCGCCCGCACAUCCGACAGCGAGCAUGUUGCAGCCGUCUAGCGAUGGACAACCAACAAACAACCGUCUCUUGUCCGCACCACAACCACCCGUCAAUGAUCACCCAAGACAUGUUUUCUCUAAAUCGUCGCAUCGCCCCCAUCCCGCCGAUCUGUCUGAAGAAGCCUGGCCAGCGAGACGUUCCAUCGAAUCGGUUCCACCGCGCCGUGACGGACACUCGAGUCAUAUCCGCCUGCAACAGGCCCAUGCUCGCUGUUCGGUCGUCAGUUCUCCUUGCGCCUGCGCACAUUCCCCAUGCUCUUGCCCUCCCACCGCUCAUGACCCUGGCCAAGACCCGUCUGGAGGCACUGCCGCUCCCACACCUGCCGCUUUUCUCCGACUUGGGCUCCUCGCUCUGGGAGCGGGUCCGGGCUGCCGACCGCUCGCGGGCUCGCUGGUCCAAGCGAAAAACGCGCCGACUGGUCUCGAAAGCGCUGAUGGCGGUGGCAGAUAAUGCUGAUGCCGUUGCUCGCCUCCGCGCGUCAGGCGCACUGGACAUCGAGCUGCCGAGGACGCCAAAGUGGCGCUAUGUCGCCCUCGAUGCAGACACGCCCUCGCCUGUCGACAACAUCUACGCCCUCGGCAUCGAGGCUCGUCAGUCGGACGCUGCCCGUGCCGCCAUUCUGGCUUUUCUGGUUGACGAUGCUGGCCUUGUUCUCGAUCCGCCGCUGACCCUCGAUGAUCUGCCUCACCCGCUCGUCGUCCUCUACAUCCGCUACCAGCCAGGCCUCUCGGCGCUCACAGUCCCGUUUGGCGCUCUCCGAAGCAAUGCAGACACCGUCGCGCCUCGACUUCCCAAGUCGACGAUGCGUGAGCUUUUGGACGCUGUCCCCUCUCUUCGCCGGGCUGACUUUCGCGUGGCCGAUGAUACAAGGCUCUGGGAGGCUGACGUAGCCGCUGCCGCUGCCAUCUUGGCCAAGCUUCCCUCCGGCGGCGAGCUGGAUCCGGCCCAGCUCAACAACGCCGGGCGCUGCCAUGCUGUGCUUCGCGCCCUCAUUGCGCUGGCCUCGGCAUGUGGGCUGCAGACCCGCCUGACUUUGGAUCCAGCGUCGCUUGCACCAACGUGCGUGAUGCUCUUGCCGGCCGAGCUCGGGAACGAGGAUCCGGAGCUGCGGAUCAUCCGCGAGUCCGACACAUCGAUGCUACUGGCGCUGGGGCCAGGAGCCAUUGCUCCGGGUCUCUGGUUGGGAAACCUUGUUGACGCCACCAGCCUCGCUACCAUUCGAGCGCUCGGCAUCACCGCCAUCGUCAACGUGUGCGAGGAGACGUUUGCGCCGUUUGCGCACGCAAGCUCGAUCCGCUGGCUCCACUUUCCGCUCGAGGACGUGUCGUCGCAGAUCCUGGCAGAGACUGUUGUGCCGGCCACCGAUGCGCUCCGCGAGCUUCUAGCGGCCGGUGAGCGGGUCCUCCUCCACUGCGUGGUCGGCAAGUCCCGCUCGGUCGCCAUCGCCCUCGCCUACUUUUUGCUCAACGACGCCGAGCCGCUCGCGUCAUCGUUUGCUCGACUCCAGGCUGUGCGGCCGUUUGUCUCACCCAACAGCGGAUUCCAGACCCAGCUCUCAGCGCUGGAAAUGGAGACUCUCGGGACCGAGACGCCAAGCAUCGACUGGUCGACCGAGGCUCGAUCGACGUGGGGUACUCGGCCCAAGCCUGUUAUCCCGCGAUCUGGUCGCGCGAGCUCGUCCUCCAAGCGCACACCAGGCUCGCAAUCAGAAUCGGCCCGGGUUUCCAAGCGCGACUGGAGCGAACUGACGACUCACAUUCGCUCGCUCUGCUCUUCGAGCGUUGUUUGUGACGACUUUAUUCCGCUGGCAGCUGCGACGGCUGGCGCGGACGCCGAUGAUCACCGACGUGUUCUGCAGCUUUUCAAGGCCUUUCUCCGCCACGGGCUUACUAUUGACGGUAGCGUUGUAUUGACCGAGCUUGAGACUGUUACCGCCAUGCUUGCUCAUCCGCCGUCGCCCGCGCUCCUUGCCCUCCGAGCUGCCGUCGCUUCUGCCGAGUCACCAGCCCGAGCCGCCAAGACCGCCGUCGCAGCUGCAGCCGGUCAUCUCAGCGCAUCAUCCUCGGCAACAUCCUAGUAAAGGCUGUCAUUGCUC